AUGGUGAAAAGAUUUAUAUUCAUUUUUUUGGCAUUGAAUUUGCUUGUUUUAAGUGGCGGGGUUGAUCAUGCGGAAGCCAAAGCUAGAAGAAGUUUUUCAGAAGUUGAUCAGAAACUGAAGCUUCUCAACAAGCCUGCACUUAAGAGUAUUAAGAGCGAAGAUGGAGAUAUCAUUGACUGCGUUGACAUCUACAAACAACCUGCUUUUGAUCAUCCUGCAUUGAGGAACCACACUAUUCAGAAGAAACCCAAUUUCAAUUACUCAGAUGAGACUUUAAGAACGAAAAACGGGUCGUCUUCUCCAGCGGCGCCGCCGCUAUCUCAAACGUGGCAAAAGAGUGGAAGUUGUCCGGAGGGAACCGUUGCCAUUCGCAGAACUCAAAGGGAAGACUUAUUGAGGGUGGCUUCCCUCGAGCACUUGGGAAGGGACGGCCCCCCGCAAUAUUCCUCUGCAUUGAACACAACAUACAAAAAUGGUAGCUUUGUAUACCUUAACAACGGAACCAGAGUCGAAAUCACUGAAUUUGCUGGCCACUCGAGUGCAUUUCUUAUUACAGCGGGGUAUAAUUAUAUUGGUGCUAGAGGAUUCGUAAAUGUUUGGAGUCCAAGAGUUGAAUCGUUGGAUGACUAUUCUUCGGGUCAAAUUUGGCUUAAACAUGGUCUUGAAAGUGUAGAAGCAGGCUGGAUGGUCAACCCAAAGUUAUUUGGUGAUACAAGAACCAGACUAUUUGGACGUUGGACCUUGGACGGGUACCAGAAGACGGGUUGCAUUAACCAAUUUUGCGCUGGGUUUGUACAAACAAGCAAAAGGGUCGCCUUAGGGGCAGUUAUUGAACCUUUGUCACAGAGAGGAGGAGCCCAAUAUGAGAUCAGCAUCCGCAUGGACCAUGAUCCAGAUAGCGGGAGUUGGUGGCUACAGGCAGGUGACGAAAUACUAGGGUAUUGGCCGGGAAGUAUCCUCAACUAUUUGAGACAAAGUGCAAUCGUUGUUCAAUGGGGAGGAGAUGUUUAUAGCCAGAAGGUGAAGGGAAGCAAGCCCCACACUGCAACAGCAAUGGGGAGCGGAGAGUGGCCAACUGGUCUCUGGGGAAUAGCGUCUUAUAUUAACCAGCCCAGGAUCGUCGAUUAUUCCCUCCAGGUCAAGUACCCUGAGUGGGUCCACAGUUUCUCCGAGGAGCCCGACUGCUACGCCACCUAUAACUACCAAAAAAGUCUUGCGUUCGAACCUGUUUUCUACUUCGGCGGCCCUGGUCGGAACAAGUAUUGUACAUGA